UUUUUUUUUUUUUUUUUUUUUCUUGGUCUUGGAAUUAAACUUCUCCAAAUUAUCUCUUGUUUUUUAAUUGAAAUUUGAGCUUGUUCUUUCUUAGCAACUCUCUAAUCUUUUAUAGUACUUUGUUCGUUUUGUGUUAUGAUAUGUAUAUAUAAUAGAUUUUAUGCACUAUCUGUAUGUGGGUUUGCAGUUUUUUUAAUCUGUCAGGUUUUUGGUUGUGGUUGUUGAACUUGCUUUCUGGGUUAUCGUCCUGGUCUUUUAUUUUGGUAGUUUAACAGUGAAAUUUAAAUGGUAAUACUUGAUUCUUGAAUAUUUGAUUUAUAUUUAAAUUCUUAUUCUGUAUGCAUAUUUUUCACACAUCCAAUACACAAUACAAAAGCAAAACUCUGGAAUUCCAUGCAAAAUCUUGUGGUCCUAGCAGAUCUUGGACAAAGUUGUAUUGUUAAGAAGAGAAAGAUACUAUAUUUUGCUCAUAAGAUAUGCUAGCUAUUCUUAUUAUCACAUAUAGAUGAUUUGUUUCCCAAAAAAAAAAAAAUUCAUAGAUUAUGAAAUUACGUAUUCUAAUGUAGUUUUAUGGUACCCACCAAUUUCGCUUUAUCUAAACCAUGAUACAUAGAGGCACAAACUAUAAAGAAUGUUCUUCUACAUCUUGUCUAUAUCAUUGAUAGGGAAAAUUACCCUUAUCCCUAUGUUUGCUUAAUAUUAUCAUUGGUGUGUUUUAUCUGAUUGUAAUAUCAUCCAUGGACAUGAUGUGAAACAAAUUAAAUUAGUCUCUUGUUUGGUGGCUUUGAGAAAAAUUAUCGGAGAAUAGUAAGACAUGUUAUUGAUCUUCUGUGUGUUGUUCAGUUGCAGACCUCAAUUCUUCAUGCUACUUGUAUAUCCUACAAAGCUGAUGAAACUGAAACCAUGCAACUAUAUCACCAUCCAUACACUUUGAACAGCCAAAGAGUUAGACUCGCUUUGGAAGAAAAAGGCAUCGAUUACACAUCAUACCAUGUAAAUCCUAUAACUGGCAAGAACAUGGAUGCCUCAUUCUUCAGGAUGAAUCCAAGUGCAAAACUCCCCGUUUUUCAGAAUGGUGGCCACAUUAUUUUUAACACUAUUGAGAUAAUUCAUUAUGUGGAAAGGAUUGCGGUUGUCUCCUCAGGCGGUGAUAAUGUCGCAUUUAGCACCAGAGAAGUCAUUGAAUGGAUGCAGAAAAUACAAGAAUGGAAUUCUAAGUAUUUCACGCUUUUGCACAUCCCAGAGAAGUACCGCAACUAUGUUUCCAAAUUCAUAAGACGGGUGGUUAUAGCUCGAAUGGCUGAGUCUCCUGAUUUGGCAGGUGCCUACCAUCGUAAGUUAAAAGAAGCAUAUGAGAUGGAAGAGAAGUUGAAAAACCCAGAUACUUUGAAGCGGGAGAAGGAACAUCUCAUUAGACUUCUUGAUGAAGUCGAAACACAGCUCAAUGAAACAGCUUAUUUAGCAGGGGAAGAGUUUACCAUGGCAGAUGUGAUGUUCAUUCCCUUGCUGGGUCGCUUGGCGCUUUUGAAUUUGGAGGAGGAGCACAUCCGUAACAGGCCAAACAUCGCUGAGUACUGGAUUUUGGUGCAGCAGAGACCUAGUUACAAGAAGGUGAUUGGCAAGCAUUUUAAUGGGUGGAGGAGAUACAAAACAUUGAUGAAAACCUGGUUCUUGGUUCGUGCAAGAACUAUGCUAAGAAGAUUUUGAUAAUAUGAGUUGAAUAAAUCGGGAAAAAACAAAUGGAGUGGUUACCGUUCGAUGCUGUAAAAGAAAUUUCAAGUGUACGUAUUAGUUUCUUUUUUGGCAUUUUCUUCUUACUUUUACUGGAAGAUAUGCAUAUGCAUUGAAUGGAAUACAAUUAUAUUGGUUUAAAGGUUUAAACAGAAACAAAGAAACAUAUUUCUGAGUUGAAUCAUUUUGAUGCUUUUUACAGAA